AUGGGAUUACUCUUAACUAAAAUCGUUGAAUUAUUCGACCCAAAGGCCAAUCAUCGUAUUUUGAUGAUAGGACUGGAUGGUGCUGGUAAGACCACUUUAUUAUAUAGAUUAAAAGUAGGUGAAGUAGUCACCACAAUUCCAACAAUAGGAUUUAAUGUUGAAACAGUCGAAUAUAAAAAUAUCAAUUUCACAGUUUGGGAUGUUGGUGGACAGUACAAGAUCAGAACUCUCUGGAGACACUACUAUGAGAGUAGCACUGCUGUUAUAUUUGUUAUAGAUGGUACCGAUCGUGAAAGACUGCCAGAGGUUCAAGAGGAAAUCACCAGAAUAACAUUGGAGCACUCCUUGACGAACGCAUCACUUUUGAUAUUCCUCAACAAACAAGAUCAACCAAAUGCUUUGAACGCAUCCCAAUUGAUCGACCAACUCAAGCUCAAUAACAUUAAAGACAGAAAAUGGUAUGUCCAACCAACUGUAGCAUUGUCUGGAAGCGGACUUUAUGAGGGUCUCGAUUGGUUGUCACAGAGUGUCAAAAAAAUAAUUUUAAACUUAUAA